UUUCAUUUUCCUUCCUUCAAAAACCCUCCCAGCAAUACCCCACAAAUAAUUUAUUAUUAUUAUUUUACUAAUCACUAUUUCAUUUUAGCAUUAAUAUCCACCAACCAUGUCACAAACAGCAGACAAGCGCGAAAUGGUUGUUGUUGGCAUCAACACAACCAUCAUGUUUAUAUCAUUCCUUGCCCUUCUCUAUGUAAACUACAACAGGUCAUACAUCCCGCUCAAGUGCAAAAACAUACCUUUGCUCAAUAUCCUCUACCUCACGAUAUUCUGCUGGUACCUCGGCGACAUCUACACUUACCAGCCCUCACUAGUUUAUGCCUCCCGAUCCAUCUGCAUAGCAACCAUGUCCUGGCUGCGGAUGAGUUUCGGUGUAUACUCUGUAAUCAGCUGCCAUAUAUUCCGCAUCUACCAGUACCAUUGCAUAUUUCAAUGGCACCGGCGAGCCAACGGCAAGUAUCUAUGGGUCCCAAUAGGCCUAUGGCUCAUUAUUCCUUUGGUCUACGGUAUUAUUGCUGCAGCCUUGCCUGAAUCCCUGGGCACGUCAUUUGUGAUAAGCCCGGAAAUGUGCUUUGCACAAAAGACAGCGUACUUUGUUGCUCUGGCCUUUCUCCUAAUCCUCAUGGCCUGCUGGACCUACGCCACGCUGCUAAUGAAGUAUACCGAUGUGUGCUUCAACGAGUACCGCGAGCUAGCAGUGAUCAUUGUGUCGACUGUUUUUGUGAUUUCCAUGCAGGUUGUUCUGCGGUGGGUUCCGCAGGUCGGCGACAGCGGGUUCGCAUACAAUGCUAUGACCAGCAUGACAGACCUGCUAAUUGGCCAGGUGAGCUUUUAUGCCCUCAUCUGGCGCCCUGCUUACCACUGCCUGGUGGACCGCGACAACUACUUGGCGCUGUUCUUGCGGACGCUGAAGAAGGAAAACCGCAAGUCCGAGUAUGAACUGGCGAAUGGCGAGGAGCUGUAUAUGAUUAGCUUUGACUGUACUGGUGAAACAGGGGUUUUCAUGGCAAGCUCGGCAGACUCUUUUGUUAAAGUGCUCAUGACUUCUGAUGAUUCCAAUGAUUACCAUCCGGCUACAGCCUACUGCGAAGACCUUGAAAAGGCUAGCGCAUCUAAACCCACGCUUGUGUAGUACACAAGUAUUUAUUUUCAUUUUCAUUUUCAUUUUCGUUUAGAUGACCUGUUUCGGGUAAUUCACUGUUCCUAUUAUUUUCUUUUACUUGCGCUUACUAUGUUUUUUAUUUUGAUACACAUUUUCAAAUUUGAUUACUAAUCCCACACAGUGACCUCUCUGCACUUCG